UCCAAAACACGUGUCAGUCUCACACAACUCCUUUUUUUCAUAUACAAAAGCUUAGCCACGUACAUUCAUUCAUCUUAAGCAAUUUAUUACUACUUAUAUAUUAUUCUUUGACUCUGCACCCAAGGUAAUUCAACGUCUUCUUCAUAAUUCAUCAAUUUCGCAAUCCUGAUAAAAGUAGGGAUUGGUGUGAGAAUAUGCAGAGAGGAAGAGGUGGCAGAGACAAUUUCAACUCCUUUAGCAGUCCAUUUGAUAGAUUUGGAGGCAUAAUGUCAAGUAUAUUUGGAGGAAGAGACCCUUUUGAUGACCCAUUUUUCACUCGCCCUUUCGCAAACUUGUCUCAGUCUUCCAUGUUACAUCCAAGAAUUCCUGCUGAUGAGUUGCAGCAGGUUGAUGAAGUCAGUGGGCCAGUAAUUCAAGAGAUAGAUAUGGAUGAUGAGGAAGAAGUAUCGCUUGAACUAGAGGAGGAAGACGGGGACGUUAAUGGUUCUAAGGAGAAAAGAGAUAGGGCUUUUGCUAACAGAAAUCCACUUGUUGAACACCCUGAAGACCAAACUGAUGACCAUAGCAAGAGCAAGAGCGUAAGCAAAGAUGUUAAUCAUGGAAUGAAAGACUUGAAAUUGGAAGGAGCACAAUCAAAGACUCAGGGCAUGAGCUAUAGAAGAGUUACAUAUGGUGGAAUAGACGGGACAUAUUACAGUGCCACCACCACACGGAGGACUGGAAAUGAUGGAAGGGUGCUAGAGGAGAGCAAGCAAGCAGAUAGAACAACUGGUCAAGCAACACAUAGAGUCUCCAGAGGCAUUCACGAUAAGGGGCACUCAUUGACAAGGAAGCUUGCCUCCGAUGGUAAGGUGGACACAACACAGACAUUGCAUAAUCUCGAAGAAGAUGAAUUAGCUGGCUUUGAACAGACAUGGAAUGGCAAUGCUAAUAAGGAAAUCCCUGUCUGGAAGAGCGCGAAUGCAGGAACAAGUAGUGAUUGGCUGACGAACUGGAAUCCUGGAGUCCGAGAUCCAUUUAUUGGUGUGAGACCUGAUAACUGUGCUCAGUCAGGGACUCAAAGUCGAAGGCCAAAGAAGGUCGUCCGGAUCAAUAUAGAGUGAAUGUACGUAUUCGCCAGAUCAACAUCAAGCCCGGGAAUGGAGAACUUCCCGGUAGACUAUACCUGUCAAGCCACAACAAAAAAAAUAUCUACAUAUUUGGUAGUUGCUUAGAGUCAUGGUGAGAGGUGACGAGCAGUUGUACGUCUAUAAAGAAGUGAUUGUUAGUAUGUUAGUAAUAUUUUGUUUCUGGACGUUAGUGUUGGUUAGAAUCUGUUUAGCCAUAGUGAUUUUAAAUUGCUCGACUUUCUGAAAAUGACUGAUAGAAUAAACAUAUCGGGAUACUUUGCAGUAUCAAUGCUUUUUGUCAUCAGUGACAUUUCGA